GAUCCGUGCCAUUAAAAAUAUUCCGGUUUUAAAAUAUGCCACGAGCAUUUACAUAUUUGAAUCCAUGCCAUAUAAUUUACACAUAUUCAAGAUAUGCCACUACCUACCUCUUAGAUGCAUUUACGAAAAAAUGUGGACCAAAUUGCCCUUGUUUCCUUCUUCCUUUUUCUCCCCUUCUUUCUUCCACAGCUCAGAGACCAGUGAUGCUUAGUGUCGGCAGCAGCAAGCACAACCAGCGAUAAACAUACGAGUGUUGCAGUCAUUGUCUCCUCCCUCUCCAGCGUUAUUUUGCACGCGACAUCUGCAUCUCCCUCCACCUCACACUGCCGUUAGGGGGACGCCUGCGACUGCAGCGCUAUCUCCACCUCGGGGCUCCGCACCCUCGCCGCGGCCGCCGCCUGCUGCUGCUGCUGCUACUGGGGGACGCCUGCGACGGCGACGGGCACACGGAGUGCAGUGUUGCGGUUGCGACGGCGGCGGCUGAGGCGACUAGGGCAGCGACUGCUGGAAUCGGAUGGGCUCGAGCAGCGAGGGCGAUGGCGGCAGCGAUAGAGCAAGUUGUGGCUCACAACGGCGAGGACGGCGGCGGAGAGAGCGGAGAGAACGGAGCGGCGGUGGAGCAAGAAAGCAGCGGGAAGAGAGAGGUAGAAGACGAGGGAAGAGAGAGAGCUCUCGUCGUGUGAAGUGGAAUGAAGACAACCUGUAUGAGAUUGAAUCAAAUAAACCUGUUAGGCAGAAGAUAACUGAGCCUAAGACACCAUAUCACCCUAUGGUAGAUGAUGAUGGGUCAUUGUCACCAACGCGUCCUUUUGACAAGUGUCUGGAUGAGACUGUUAAUGCUGAAGCUAUUUUAACUGCUUUAAAUGGUGUGGCUUCUUCAAGCAAAACUGAUCCAAAGGAUGAUGGUUGGGCAUCCUCAGAUGAUGAUGCAGAUGCCAUGGAACAAGAUGAUGAUCCAGAAGCUGAAAAGUCAAGACUGAGUUUCAAGGAACAUCGUCGUGCUCACUAUGAUGAAUUCCUCAAGGUGAAGGAGCUGAUGCGCUCCGGAUCGCUGAUUGACGAUGAGGCUGAUGAGGAUGAUAGAGGUGCAAAAGGCAGCCAAGCCAAAGCUGUAGGAAAGAAGCCAGCAGGCUGUGACAGCACACCCCCACCGCAAACAUGAAGCAAUGAAGUUACCGUUCCUUUUUCCCUGUUGUUUGCUAAGCUAGGAAAAGCUCAACAUAGCAGAAGCAUGUGGUUUGUCUAAAUUGUGUGAAGCAUGCUUUGCCUGUGUGUUAGAUCCUUGUAUUCAAAAUCAGAUGUGCAUCCUGUAAACGACGCAUGCCAUUCAUCUUCCCUUUGUGUUUAAGAUCUUGAUGUACCUAGAAUGGCUUUGAUUUAGUUUGAGUUGCCUAGCUACAUUUACUUGCUGAACGGUGAGCUCCUUUGCAUGUUCAUUUGAGACUAUUUAUCAAGAGCUGAUACUCAAACCACAUAUUGGAUAAGGCCAGAUAUGGCAAGAUAUGGCCUUGAUUUGUUUCA